UGGCAAAACUUCUUUUUUUUCACAAGUUUCUCUUCUUCUUCUUUUUUUCUAGCUGAAAGUUCAUCUUUUCUGUUAGCGCAAGAUUUUCCUAUCUAUUUAUUCUAUAUCAUCAUUGAAAAAUGUCCAGUAAAGCACCUCAAGCCUAUGAAGUUAAAGAAUUGGGUGGAACCCCCGAACAAGAAGCUUACAUGCGUGAUAUCAUUGAUCAAUUCACUGUUGACACCAAGUACCUCAACCAAAUCCGUGAUCAUUUUAUUGUUGAAAUGCAAAAGGGUCUUGAAAAAGAGGGUGCUACUGUUGCCAUGAUUCCUUCUUUCGUUGAAGGUCGCUUAACUGGUCAAGAAAAGGGUCACUUCCUUGCCCUUGAUUUGGGUGGAACAAACUUGAGAGUUGUUCUUGUUACUCUUGAAGGUGCUGGUAAAUUCAAGACUGUCUCCUCAAAAUCUAGAGUUUCCGAAGAGUUGAAGACGGGUCCCAUGCGUAACUUAUGUGAUUAUAUUGCUGAAUGUGUUGAUACCUUCUUGACUGAACAAGGUCUCGAAGAUCAAGAAAUGGAGCUCAAUUUAGGUUACACUUUCUCUUUCCCCGUUUUGCAAUCUUCGAUUAACCGUGGUACCCUCUCUACUUGGACUAAGGGCUUCGCUUGUACAGGUGCUGUUGGUAAAGAUCCUGUCUUGUUAUUGCAAGAUGCUCUUUUAAGAAAGCACGUUCCUGUUAAGGUUUCCGCUAUUGUCAACGAUACCGUCGGUACUCUCUUGUCCAAUGCUUACAACAAGCCUGAAACUUUAGCUGGUCUUAUUUUAGGUACUGGUGCCAACGGUGCCUAUAUUGAGAAGAUCGAUAAGAUCAAGAAAUGGAAGGGCGGCAAGUCCACUUCCGAUGAAAUGAUCAUCAACAUGGAACUUGGUGCUUUCGACAACGAGCGUAACAUUCUUCCCCUCACCCGCUUCGACAAUAAAUUGGAUCGUGAAUCAAUUAAUCCUCACGCUCAGCUCUACGAAAAGAUGAUCUCCGGAAUGUAUCUUGGUGAAAUCACUCGUAACGUUUUGACCGAUAUGAUCGAUCGUGAAUUACUUCUCAAGCGCGAAAUACAUACUUCAUUCGCCUGGUCCAAGGAUAUUUCCAGACAUUGGUCUUUCGAAACUGCCUUUAUGUCAAACAUUGAAGCUGAUAACUCCGACGAACUCUCAGUCAGCAAGGAAAUUUUAGAUACCAACCUCAAUUUGCACGAUAUUACUACUACUGAAGCUCGUAUCAUCAAAAAGAUUUGUGAGUUGGUAGGUAAGCGUGCUGCUCGUCUCGCUGCUUGCUCCAUCUCUGCUAUUAUCAAACACUGUGAAGUUGGCCCUGAAGGUUGUGACAUUGGUAUUGACGGUUCCCUCUACGAAUUCUAUCCUUCAUUCGAAGCCAGAAUGUACGAAGCUCUCAAGGAAAUGCACCCUGAAAUCAACGAUAUUGAAAAGACCAUUCGUCUCGGUCUUGCUAGAGAUGGCAGUGGUGUCGGUGCUGCUCUUACUGCUUGUGUUGCUGCUCGUAUGGAACAAACUGCUUAAGCAAAAUUACCAUCUCAUAUCUUUUUCUCGAUUUAUGUCCCUUCCUCUUUUUCCACAUUUUUAUAAAUGUUGUAACAUUAUUAUUUUUUUUUUUUCUUUUAGAGUCAUAAUGAAGUUUCAUCUUUAAAAUUAUGCAUUGUUAUUCUUCUCUUAGCUCAUACUUCUAAUAAUAAAUCAAAAAGUGUACAUACUAGUUUAUUUGAUUAUCUCAA